GUGCGUGUGUGUGUGUAUGUGUGUGUGUGUGUGCCUGCGCUACAGGCGCGGGGAGUGUCAUAACUCUGACCUCUGGCGGGAGCGGCGGUAUCCGGGCGGUCGCGUCACUCACAGAGCAGGCGGCGGGGAGAGUGGGACUGCUAAAGGCAGGGCAGCUGAGGCGCAGGGCAUGGAACCGGCAAACCCGGUCUGAGAACGCUACCGCUAGCGGGCUCCAAGCACACCGCAGCCACAGACGCGGCUCCCAUUCCGGAGCCAUCCAAACUUUUUCUUUCUCUUUUGCCCCCUCUACAAAGGCGAUUUACGAGGUGGGCGGAUAGGUCGGCAGCCGAGCCUGAGGCAAGCUGGACGCAGCAUGAUGCGCAGGGUAUGGGAGGCGCUGGCAGCUCUGGCGGCCGUGGCGUGCCUGGUGGAAGCGGUGCGCGGGGGGCCGGGGCUCAGCAUGUUCGCGGGCCAGGCGGCACAGCCUGACCCCUGCUCUGACGAAAAUGGGCAUCCCCGCCGCUGCAUCCCAGAUUUCGUUAACUCGGCUUUCGGCAAGGAUGUGAAAGUGUCCAGCACCUGCGGACGACCCCCGGCCCGCUACUGCGUGGUGGUGGAGCGCGGAGAGGAGCGGCUGCGCUCUUGCCACCUUUGCAACGCUUCUGAUCCCAAAAAAGCGCACCCGCCCACUUUCCUCACUGACCUCAACAACCCGCACAACCUGACCUGUUGGCAGUCUGAGAACUACCUGCAGUUCCCGCAUAACGUGACACUCACUCUCUCGCUGGGCAAGAAGUUUGAGGUUACCUACGUGAGCCUCCAGUUCUGCUCACCAAGGCCCGAGUCCAUGGCAAUCUACAAGUCCAUGGACUACGGGCGCACUUGGGUUCCUUUCCAGUUCUACUCUACUCAGUGCCGCAAGAUGUAUAACCGCCCCCAUCGGGCUCCCAUCACCAAGCAGAACGAGCAAGAGGCUGUAUGCACCGACUCACACACAGACAUGCGCCCGCUGUCCGGUGGUCUGAUUGCCUUCAGCACGCUGGAUGGGCGACCCUCUGCGCACGAUUUCGAUAACUCUCCAGUCUUGCAGGACUGGGUCACGGCCACAGACAUCCGCGUGGCCUUCAAUCGGCUGCAUACCUUUGGCGACGAGAACGAAGAUGACUCAGAGUUGGCGCGGGACUCUUAUUUCUACGCCGUUUCUGACCUGCAGGUGGGCGGCCGCUGCAAGUGCAACGGCCACGCGGCCCGCUGUGUGCGCGACCGCGACGACAGCUUAGUGUGCGACUGCAAGCACAACACGGCGGGACCAGAGUGCGACCGCUGCAAGCCAUUUCAUUACGACCGACCCUGGCAGCGGGCCACGGCCCGGGAAGCCAACGAGUGCGUGGCCUGUAACUGCAACCUGCACGCCCGCCGCUGCCGCUUCAACAUGGAGCUCUAUAAGCUAUCUGGGCGCAAGAGCGGGGGUGUCUGCCUCAACUGUCGGCACAACACUGCUGGGCGCCACUGUCACUACUGCAAGGAAGGCUACUACCGAGAUAUGAACAAACCAAUCACUCACAGAAAGGCCUGCAAGGCAUGCGAUUGCCACCCUGUGGGUGCAGCUGGCAAGACCUGUAAUCAAACCACAGGUCAAUGUCCUUGCAAAGAUGGCGUGACUGGCAUCACGUGCAAUAGAUGUGCCAAAGGUUACCAGCAAAGCCGAUCUCCCAUUGCCCCCUGCAUAAAGAUUCCCGUGGCUCCACCCACCACUGCAGCCAGCAGCAUAGAGGAGCCAGAAGACUGUGAUUCCUACUGCAAGGCCUCCAAAGGGAAGCUGAAGAUUAACAUGAAAAAGUAUUGCAAGAAGGACUAUGCUGUCCAGAUUCACAUUUUGAAGGCUGAUAAAGCUGGGGACUGGUGGAAAUUCACAGUCAACAUCAUCUCCGUAUACAAACAGGGCACCAGCCGGAUCCGGAGGGGGGACCAAAGCUUGUGGAUCCGCUCAAGGGACGUGGCUUGUAAGUGCCCUAAAAUCAAAGCCUUGAAGAAAUACCUGCUGCUUGGAAAUGACGAGGAUUCUCCUGACCAGAAUGGCAUCGUGGCUGAUAAAACCAGCCUGGUGAUCCAGUGGAGGGACACGUGGGCACGGCGGCUCCGGAAGUUCCAACAGCGGGAGAAAAAGGGGAAGUGUAAGAAGGCCUAGUGAGGAGCAGCCUGAGCUCCAGUGCCAAGAGGGCGAGAAAGAGAGAAUGCGUGCAAGAGAAUGAUUGAGCGAUGGAGUGUGCGGCUGCUUUGUGUAGACCCUGGAGCAGACAGAAUUGGAAUGGGGAUGGUGGUGGAUUUCACUUUGU